AUGCUCUACGAAGCGCCCCGCGCUCAUCGUUAUCUUCAAAAAAUCCUAGAAAAUAGAGACUUGGCCGGGGGUUCGGUUACCGCGAAGCGGCCUCGAUGGGGCCGAGCUAGCCUCGAGUCAAGCCCGCCGAGCGAGAUGAGGGGCCGGAACGAGAUCCAGCGGGCUAGGAGCGCAGAUCUGGAGCGCAGUGGGGUAAAGUGCACUGCAACAUCAAGGUGCAGUUCACUGAAGAUGAAGGUCCAGGAAGACUCUCCGUCUAUUACAGUGCGGGAAGCAACUAUAACAGGGUUAGAAAGGGUUUGUAGCUUCAACAUGGCGGUUGAAGUUCAACCAAAUCUUCAUGUUGAACAGCGAAUCUUGCUACGACUCCAACAAUUCAUGAGUGCUGUUGAGACGGUGCGCAUAUGCAUUUUUGUGUCUUACGCCGUGUUUACGCUUGUGAUUUCGUUGAUCGCAUGCGUGGACCCAGAAGGGGAUGGGUAUGAUAACGUACAUUUUCUACCUAAUAAAAUCUGUAGUACAGCCAAGGUGCGCAAGGUGGCAAGGUCUAAAUUCUGCACGACAACCUGGUGCAAUGUUGCACGGUUCGAUCAUUUUUGCCCCUGGAUCAACAAUGCGAUUGGCGAGGAGAAUUAUCGAAUUUUUCUUCUGUUCCUAAGUUGUCACGCAUUAUUUUUGUGCUACGGGGCCGUCUGCAUCUCUUUUAUUCUUUAUGAUCUCAUUUUGAGAGAGGACCUCUUCAACGCAAGUUUUUAUGAUCCGCGCACCGGUGAGUUGACUCACUCAUCCAGGAUGUUGCGCUUCGAGCGUCUAAGACAUUGGCAGCGAUGUAAACCUAGCGUGCGCUGUAGGCUCGUCCUCCGAUACCUCGUGACCGUGGAACGUGUGCUUUGCGGACUUCUUGCAACCUCCAUCGUCAUGGCCAGCGUCGUCACUGGCUUUCUCGCAUACCAUCUAUGGCUCAUCAAGCUUGGACGGACAACAAAUGAGCACUACAAAUGGAUUUUCCUGAAACAACGGAAAACGAGAAAAGAAAACAAGACUAGGCUUUUUGCGGGUGAGACCUUUCUCAAGCAAACAGGAAGUUCAAGCACGAAUCGGACGCUGCUCGCAGAUACAGACGACGUGGAUGGCGAAAUCCCAGUCGGCAUUCACCACAGCGCGACCUCGGAUAAUGCUUACAACCAGGGCUUUUUUCGCAACCUCGGUGAGGUUGCAUUUCCCAGAUCCCGUCGUGCAGACGCACUCAGACGCGCCAGGAAGGCAGGUAAAUCAGAGAAAGCGAAGUGACGACGCGGCUAGCUUAGCCCCGAACUCGUGUUUUAUUACAUGUGCGUUUGCGUUAUUACUACUGGGUGUUUCCGGUAACGAGUUAGGCUCCGGCUCUGCGGAGGCUCCCCCAGUAGCGUGGCUUCCGUAGAAACCACCCGUAGUGACGCGUUCUAAGACGAGUCCGACGCG